AUGACCUCUGACACGCAGACUGUCAUUCUUUCUCUUUUUGUUAUUUCUUUCUCUCUUUCUUUUUGUUAUUUCUUUCUCUCUCACUCUUUUUGUUAUUUCUCUCUCUCUCUCUCUUUUUGUUAUUUUUUUCUCUCUCUCUCUCUUUUUGUUAUUUUUUCUCUCUCUCUCUCUUUUUGUUAUUUUUUCUCUCUCUCUCUCUUUUUGUUAUUUCUUUCUUUCUCUCUCUCUCUUUUUGUUAUUUCUUUCUCUCUCUCUCUCUUUUUGUUAUUUCUUUCUUUCUCUCUCUUUUUGUUAUUUGUUUCUUUCUCUCUCUUUUUGUUAUUUGUUUCUUUCUCUCUCUUUUUGUUAUUUGUUUCUUUCUCUCUCUUUUUGUUAUUUCUUUCUUUCUCUCUCUUUUUGUUAUUUCUUUCUCUCUCUUUUUGUUUUUUCUUUUUCUCUCAUUUUGUUUUUUCUUUCUUUCACUCUCUCUUUUUGUUUUGUCUUUUUUCACUCUUACUAUUUGUUUUGUCUUUCUUUCUCUCUCACUAUUUGUUUUGUCUUUCUUUCUCUCUCACUAUUUGUUUUGUCUUUCUUUCUCUCUCACUAUUUGUUUUGUCUUUCUUUCUCUCUCACUAUUUGUUUUGUCUUUCUUUCUCUCUCUCUCUGUUUGUUUUGUCUUUCUUUCUCUCUCACUAUUUGUUUUGUCUUUCUUUCUCUCUCACUAUUUGUUUUGUCUUUCUUUCUCUCUCUCUCUGUUUGUUUUUUCUUUCUCUCUCUCUCUCUUUUUGUUCUUUCUUUCUCUCUCUCUUUUUUGUUCUUUCUUUCUCUCUCUCUUUUUUGUUCUUUCUUUCUCUCUCUCUUUUUUGUUCUUUCUUUCUCUCUCUCUUUUUGUUCUUUCUUUCUCUCUCUCUUUUUUGUUCUUUCUUUCUCUCUCUCUUUUUUUUCUUUCUUUCUCUCUCUCUUUUUUGUUCUUUCUUUCUCUCUCUCUUUUUUGUUCUUUCUUUCUCUCUCUCUUUUUUGUUCUUUCUUUCUCUCUCUCUUUUUUGUUCUUUCUUUCUCUCUCUCUUUUUUGUUCUUUCUUUCUCUCUCUCUUUUUUGUUCUUUCUUUUCUCUCUCUCUCUCUUUUUUCUUUCUUUCUUUCUUUCUCUCUCUUUUUUUUUCUUUCUUUCUUCUCUCUUUUUUUUCUUUCUUUCUUUUUCUUCUUUUUUUCUUUCUUUCUCUCUUUUUGUUUUUCUUUCUCUCUUUUUCUUUUUCUUUUUUUUCUUCUUCUCUCUUUUUUGUUCCUUCUUUCUCUCUUUUUUUUCUUUCUUUUUUCUCUUUUUGUUCCUUCUUUCUCUCUCUUUUUUGUUCUUUCUUUCUCUCUCUCUUUUUUGUUCUUUCUUUUUCUCUCUCUCUUUUUUGUUCUUUCUUUCUCUCUCUCUUUUUUGUUCUUUCUUUCUCUCUCUUUUUUGUUUUCUUUCUUCUCUCUUUUUUGUUCUUUCUUUCUCUCUCUCUUUUUUUCUUUCUUUUUUCUCUCUCUCUUUUUUGUUCUUUUCUUUCUUUCUUUCUUUUUUUUGUUUUUUUCUUUCUCUCUCUCUCUUUUUGGUUCUUUCUUUCUCUCUCUCUUUUUUGUUCUUUCUUUCUCUCUCUCUUUUUUGUUCUUUCUUUUUUUCUCUCUCUCUCUUUUUGUCAUUUCUUUCUCUCUCUCUCUCUCUUUUUGUUAUUUCUUUCUCUCUUUAUCUUUUUGUUAUUUCUUUUGUUCUUUAUUUCUCUUUCUUUCGUUCUUGA